AUGGAGCAGCUCGCCCAGUUCGUCUCCAAGAGCUUCGACAAUAACGCGGCUACGACUGUGGCGAGCGGCGGCGGCGGCGGCGGCGGCGCCGGCAGCGGCGUCGAGGCCGCCGGCUGCAGGACCGCCGUUGGCAGGAUCACCCUCAGUGUCGCGCAUCUCAUCGGCGACGCCGCGGACGACGCUGAUCGGCAUGAAGGCUCAUUGGUGCGCGAAGGCGCGCAAGAAACAGCUGCUGGUAUCGAAGCAAGCGUCGAAGAUCCACCGCCGUCACCGGAGAGCCGUCUGCAACCGGAGGAUCUCUCCGUCACGGCCAAGAUCAAGGACAUGAGGGACACCGCGGACAGCCUACCACCCCUGAAGACGCCCGAGCUGAAGCUGUCAGUGCGGAAGCUGCUAGGAUGCACCCCCUCGCCGCCACCCAUAUCGAGGGAUCGAUCGCCCAGUCCGGAGAACUGCGUCGAAUUGAAAAGUCAAAGCUCGAGUGACGGCAAGACCGCCUCCAACGACGCCAAGGUGUCUUCGCAGGUCUCAAGGUCGAGCGGGCAGUGUCAGGAAGACUCCGCCAAGGGAUCCAAUUGUCGAGGUAACGCGAAUGGAAACGGCAAGCAAAGAAGAUCGCGAACGAACUUUACCAUCGAGCAACUGGCCGAGCUUGAGAGACUCUUCGACGAGACACAUUAUCCCGACGCGUUUAUGAGGGAAGAGCUGAGCCAGCGGCUCGGUCUUAGCGAGGCACGAGUGCAAGUCUGGUUCCAGAAUCGACGCGCCAAGUGUCGUAAGCAUGAGAGCCAAUUGCACAAAGGUGUCGCUGGAAGUAUGGUACUGGCGCCGCGCAGCCCGCCGACUACUUUGGAACCGUGUCGGGUGGCGCCUUACCUGCCAGCCCUCAGGUUGCAUCCGCCGCCGAUGCAGAGCACAGGGGCGGCGAGUGUCACCGUGGGAUCGGCCUUUGACCCAGCGAUGUUGCAUUACGCGGCAGCCGGUGGCCUCUUCUGCCUGCCGCCUCCGCCGCCACCACCCCCGACUGCGCCGUCGACCGGCCACCACCCUCAUCCGCUGAGCCUGGCGGCGUCAUUGGCCGCCGCGGCGGCCCGCUCCAAGAACAGCAGCAUCGCCGACCUGAGGCUGAAGGCGAGACGGCACCAGGAGGCCUUAGGGCUUGACAGGCCCGCGUAA